GUUGUCAAAAAAAAAAAAAAAACAUUAUUUGUAUAUAAAUAUUAAUUAAAUAAUUAUAAAUUUAUACUUACUUCUCAAGCCUCUUUCUCUCUCAUGCUUGCAUAGUGUUUCACUCCUUGUUCACCACUCACUCUUCCUUAUAACCGUCUCCAGUCUUCUUCCACCCCUCCAACAUUUUCUCUUGCAGUCACCAGAAAUUAUGGAAAACCCCGCCUUUAAUGACUUAAAAGAUGUGGUUUCGAACCCGAAUGAGGACUCAAUCGGAGCCCCAAGAAGCAACGAAAUUGUGAAACUGAACGGAAAUCCAAGUACAAAACCAAUUGGAGACACAACCGGCGACAACAUUGAGGGCAAAACUGAAGUUCCAAUCGGCAACACGAUUGACAACCGAACACAUGACCCUGUUGAGAAGCCCGACAUAGGAGAAACUGGACCUGCAUCUUUUCUGGCCGAGAAUGAUGCCUUCCAGAAAAGUAAUGAUCAUAACUUAAACUCAGUAAGUGAUUCUCAGAGUCCGAAGAUGGAGUCUCACAUUCCUCCUAACAACCCAACCAACACAACACAGAAAUUGUCCCACAUAGUGGAUAACAACCCCCCUAGGAGAAAGCGGGGGAGGCCUAAGUUAACUGAAGCCGAAAGAGCGGUUAGGAAGAAGCCGGCUGGAAAAUGGGUUCCGGGAGGACCGGGAAGGCCUCCUCUGAAAGAGGGUCAAAGUAAGGCACAUAAGCAGCAUACUUCGUUGAGGUUGUAUCCUUUUCUUGUGACAGAAAUGGUUGAAACAUUGUGCCCCGUACGAAGAAACUGGGUUCAGUGGGCGGGUUUUGGGCCCAUAUUAGAUCUAAAAAUUACCAAGGUAGACAGGCAUUUUAUGUCUUGGCUAGAGGGGAGAUGGGAUUGGAAGAGACAAGUGUUGCGCAUACGUGACGAUUAUGAGGUUGAAAUAGACGAGAAUAUGAUCUCUUGGAUAACUGGAAUUCCGCAAAGGGACCAAGAUUUCAAAUCAUUGAAAUUAGAUGAUGAGGAAAUUGACGAGUUUGAGAAUGUGUAUGACACUAGGACGGGAAUUAAUUACAUUGAUGUAUACAACAAGUGUUGUAUAGAGGAAAACCGAUUUUGGUUUUUAAGGCAUUUCAUACUCCUCACUUUAGGAAGCCUGUUUUGCAUGAACAAGUACAAUUUCACCUAA